UAGAAAGGGAGGAGUUAGUUCAUAGCAGAAACCUUCAGUAGAGAUCACUGUGGACAGAACAAGGCUGAGAGAGUGUAAAGUUUAUCCUGUGGAGGGAGAGACUGUCUCAAGCAUCAGUCAAGAUGUUUGUUCUCAUCUGGGCGACUCUGCUUUUCUCUGUGACAAACAGCAACGCUAAUUCAGAUGUAUCAGUGUGGGGAAGACAAACGUGUCAGUCAAGUCAAUACUGUAUCACUCUGACUGAUGGAGAAAUAAAAGCUGAGGCUGGACUCUGUGUUGUGAUACCGUGCUCUUUCACUGUUCCUCAUGACUUUACACCCAAAAAUUUAGUUUGGUUCAAAUGUGAACCACCUGAAAGAAGAUGUGGUGAUUCAGACAUAAUAUUCCACACUAACAACGAACAAAAAGUUCAGUCUAAGUUUAGAGGACGAGUGUCACUGUUAGAGCCUGAUGUGGGUCUAAAAAACUGCAGCAUCAUCAUUAAUGACCUCAGGGAGACAGACUCUGGAUCAUAUCAAUUCAGAGUCAAUGGUCCGGACAAUGGAUUUACAUUCCUUUCAAGAGCAACUGUCUCCAUUAAAGGUCUGAGUCAGAAGCCCACAGUGAUGAUUCCACCUCUGACAGCGGGACAGCAGUCCACCCUGACCUGCACUGCUCCUGGUCUCUGCUCUGGAUCUGAUCCUAAAAUCACCUGGAUGUGGAGCAGAGCAGGAGAGAAGGACUCUCGCAUUACAGAAAAUAUCACUGACUUCAAGACUGAGAAUGUGACUGCUGUCACACAGAGACACAGCUCAACUUUGACCUUUAACUCCUCAGCUGAACACCACAGCACCAAUGUCACCUGUAAGGUCAGCUUCAGAGGAAACAUGACUACAGAAGAGACAGUGACUCUGAGUGUGACCUAUGUAAAGGUUAAAAUCACUGGGAAUAUAAGUGUGAAGGAGGGUGAGACUCUGAAUCUGACCUGCAGUGUUGAAAGUUUCCCUCCAUCAUUUAUCAAGUGGAUGAAAUUUUCUGAGCAAAACAUUCAAAAUGGAACAGAAAUCAAUGUGUGGAACGACACUGAAACCUACCUGCAGGAAGAAAGUGGAAUGGCCACUCUUUCUAUCUCUAAUGUGACAGCAGAAGAUUCUGGACAGUACAUCUGCACAGCAAAACAUCUGAACAACACCUUGGAGGAAAGUGUUGAUGUAACAGUGAUAUAUAUGAGAGAAGCUGUGAUCACUGGGAACACAACUGUUCAGAAGGGAGAUGUUCUGAAUCUGACCUGCAGUGUUGAAAGUUUCCCUCCAUCUCUUAUUACAUGGACUAAACUUGGCUUCAACACAAAACUGCACAAUGGAACUGAACUGAAAAAUGACACUGGAUCAGCUACACUUAUCAUCUCUGAUGUGACAGCAGAACAUUCUGGACAGUACAUCUGUACAGCAAAACACCUGGACACGACUGUGAGAGUAAGAGCUGAUGUAACUGUGACUUGGUUUUCAGAGAUCUUAAACAACUCUGGAUGUGAGCUUCAGUCUGAGGUCCUGACCUGUGUGUGUAUCAGUGAGGGUUUUCCUUUACCCACCAUCAAAUGGCCGCUGUUGAAGACCCAGGCUGAGUACUCAGUCAUUACCACUGUGUCAAACUACACAGUAAACAGCACCUUCAUCCUAACUGCAAAUGAUCACCAUAACAGUUCUGUUGAGUGUGUCAGCAGCAAUGAGAAUGGGGAAGCAAAAGAAAACCUCACCACCCGAACAAACUUGUCUGAACAAGAUGAUCAAUACAAAAAAGUAUUAAAACUUGCUACCCGGCUGGAAACCAUCGUUGCCUUUUUGAUUGGUGUACUUCUUUCAACAAUCAUUUGCUGUUUGGCAAACAAAUUCCACAGAAAAAAACAGAAGAGUUCUGGAAAUCUGGACGAGACUCUGGAGAUGGUGGCCAGUCAAGAGGAUCCACUGAUAUAUGAUGGUCAAGUCGUAGAAGAUGAUCAGACCCAGGACGCAGAGGCACCUGAAGAUGGAACUGUGGCAGCAGAGAAAACAGCCCCUGAACUUGACAGUGAGCUAAAGGAUGUGGAGUACGCCAGCAUCGAUUUCUCACUGUUGAAAAGAAAGAGUCCCCGGGUGGCAGCAGAGAAGCAAGAGACGGAGUACGCUGAAAUUAAAAAAGAAGUGAAAGAGGAAAAUGAAGAUGAUGGUGGACAGAAAGGUGAAGUGUUGGAGAGCAAAGAGGAGGCCAUUAUAGAGGAGGACGAGGAGACACAACGUUGUGUCACAGAAGAGGAAGAAGGGGAAGACAUGGCAGUGUACUCAAAUGUCAGGGAUAUAAUGGAUGAGAUGCUGACAUCAGUGUCACUGUUGGAGCCUGCCCUGAACCAGAGCAACUGCAGCGUCAUCAUCAAAUGCUUCAAUGAGUCAGACUCUGGAUCAUAUGAAAUCAGAGUUUUUUUUACCAAGGAUGAGAAGGACAGCUGCACAUCCACUUCUAGAGCAAAUAUUACUGUUACAGGUAUCAACAUCACAGACGCUCUGGGGCGAACCUCAAAUCUGACCUUCAACCUGUCAGUUGAACAGCAUGGUACAGAGGUCAUCUACACGUUCAGCUUCACAGACAACAACACUACAGAGGAGAUAGUGACUCUGAAUGUGACCUGCUCAAAUAACUUGGAAUGCCUGGACCAGAUUUUAGAUCAACUCACACAGAUUGUUCGAGAUCCGAAAGCUAUCAUUGCAUUUUUGUUUGGGAUGCUUCUUUCAGCAACCAUCUGCUGUUUGGCUAGAAUAUGCUGCAGAAAAAAACAGAGGAAAUCUGAAAAGCUGGCUGAGAACCUGGAGAUGGUGACCACUCAAGCAGCUCCACUGAUUGAUGGUGGUCAACCAAUGGAAGAUAAUGAUGGCAGCCAUGACCGAGAGGCAGCUGUAGGAGGACCUGAGGCUGCUGGGCAAUCAGCUCCUAGUGGUGACAUGGAACCAAAAGAGGUGGAGUACUCUGACAUUGACUUCUCCGUGUUGAAAACAAAGGGUCCCACAGAGGCCGAGGAGACGCAGGAACCCACUGAGACAGAGUAUGCCGAAAUUAAGAAAGAAACACCAGAGGAGGGACAAGAUGGCGGCGGAGAGGAAGGUGAAGUGUUGGAGGAUGCGAUGAUAGGGGAGAAUAGGGUGACAGAAGAGUGUAUGCCAGCAAAGGAGGAGGAAGGUGAGGAUGUGGCACUGUAUUCUAACAUGGAUGAAAUUAUGGAUCAGACUUGAUGACUGUGUAGCUCGGUGGAGUUACUAAAGGAUAUGUAAACAGAGGAUAGUGCAUGAGAGCAAGACGGGGGGUGAUGUAGCGCAGAAAUUCGUGUUCAGAUAUGAUGCAGCGUGGUGAAUGAAUUAAAUGAAGCAGACAUGUUCGGUAGAGGUGUAUUUAAAGGGGUAUGGGUAGAGAAGAGGUGGGAUGACAGAGUGGAUUGAAUUCCUGGAGAGAAGCUUCUCAUGUAAUAUGUUCUGAUGUGAUGGCUUCUCACUUUGACAUGUAAAUAAUAAUGUGUGUGGUUUUUAGUAUAGCACUGUCAUCUGGGCCUGGGAUUAGCUGAAGUUAGUGAACUCCAUUCAUCUUUCUGUUCUAAUGACAAUAUCAUAUCUUGCAUAUUUCAUGUACAUUACAAAUCAAAUCCAUACAACUGCAUCUGUACAGAAAUUAUCCCCAUUAAGCAAGUCUGUGUAUAAAUACUCAAAAUAUAACCCUGGUGAAAAAGUAAAAACAUGUUGAAUAAAAUGUCACAGGAAAUAUUAUUAUACUUUGCCAUAGAAAUCUUUGUGUGUUAAUGUGCAAUUACUAUGAAGACAUCGAAACAGCUUAUUGUAAAGAAUUUCCAUGUUCAAAUGUUGUUGCUUGUACAUAAUUUGAUGAAACUGCUCCAAAUAAAUAUCUGCUGCUCAUGGAAAA